GCGCAUAUCAACAAAGAAGUGUCAUGUCUCGUGCAGUUCGAGUGAGUGGCAUCAUGAACAAACAACACACCAAGCCCCUGUCUGCCUAUACCUCCCGGGUGGGGUGGGUGUCACACGAUGGAUGGAUGGAUGACCUUAUUCACGCAUACACGCAUACAUACACUCAUCUAUCUCUCUGCCGCGCAUGGGACGCCAAACCACCACAUCAUCUCAUCGACUUGACCACAUGACAUGCAUCGCAUCAACCAGCAAACAACCCAUGACAAACACAUGCACCACCCACACACCCACGCGCAUGUCAUUCAUUAACCCCAUACUAUGGGCGUGGAACACGAAACACCACAACACAACACGGAAUACUCCCAAGAACGACACAUCACGUGACAGAAAGCAACAGAAAGAAACGAUGAAGGCACUAGCUGAUACUGCAGACUAAUCACUUAAAGACAAAGAGGCAGGCCAGUGAGGACGUGUGUGUGUUCCCUUCCCUCACCCUCAGUCAGUGGUAGCUGUUGGAGCCUCCCCUAAAGUUGUGGUAGCCGUAUACGCAGCACACGGGGGUCUUCUUGCCAGAGUGCUCGGCGUCGAUGAAGGUCAGCUUGCCCUUGGCACACUUGUAGGCCACCUUCGCAUAGACGGGCUUGACGCACUUGUCGGCCUCGAGCAGCUCGUAGCCAUAAGGGCACUUGUACUUGUAGCUCAGCUUCUUGCUGGCAUAGCACUUGCUGCCGUCAUCAGUCAGCUGAUACCCAUACUUGCACUCGUAGUCGACGUCAUAGGUCUUCUUGGCCACACACUUGCCGCCCUCGAGGUAGCCGUGCUUGCAGUAAGGCGACUUGGCUUCGUAUUUGGUCGUCUUGCAGCCCCUGGGCGUCAACUUGAAGUGCUGAAGCAAUGACAGGCACGCACGCAGACGAGUGUGUGUGUGCAGAAUCGUCCAGUCCCGUGUUGGCGAUGUUCUCACUCGACUCACUCACCGCUGGGCAGUAGUACUCGAGGUCGGCAUAGUCGUAUUUGAUGCACUUGUGCGUCUCGUCGUCGAACUCAAAGCCGUAGGGGCACUUGGUCUUCUUGUCUUCAUACUUGUCCGCCCAGCACUUGCUGUAGUCGCUCGAGAGGGAGUAGCCGGAUGGGCACUUGUAGUCGGCCUCAUAGUAGGCCUUCUUGACACACUUGCCGUCGUGCAGCGUGUAUCCGGCCUUGCACUUGGGAGAGUAGGAUGGGUAGCUGUCGAUGACCUUGACGCACUUGUGGCCCUCGAGGUAGCCGUGCUUGCAGUAUGGCACGUUCUUCUCGUAUGCUGUCGUCUUGCACCCCUUUGGCGACUCAUAAGAAUGCUGCACACACACACACACAAACGAGAGAGGGAAUGACACACGCCCAUCUGUCUGUGUGGCGUGGUGUGUUCACUCACCGCUGGGCAGUAGUACUCGAGGUCAGCAUAGAUGUACUUGAAGCACUUGCUCUUGUCGUCGGUCAGGUCGUAGCCGUAAGGGCACUUGUAGAGCUUGUCUUCAUACUUGUCGGCGUAGCACUUGGCCUUGUCGGCUGUGAAGCCGUAGCCGUAAGGGCAUUGGUACUCGACGGGGUAGUACUCGUAAUCGAAGCACUUGUGGCCGUCGAGCUUGCCGUGUUUGCAGUAGGGGAUUUUCUUCUCAUAGACGUACUUGACGCAGCCCUCGGCGGUCUUCUUGGUGCCCUGCACCCACAAUCAAGGGAACAAAUCAAGCAAUCAACCGACCAGCACAACACUCAAUCUGCUUGCGUCUGCUUACCUCAGGGCAGUAGUACUUGAUGUCCUGGUAGUCGUAUUUGACGCACUUAUGUGAGUCGGCGUCGAACUCAAAGCCGUAAGGACACUCGUAGUGCACAUCAGCCUUCUUCUCGCACACACCGUGAGUGUAGCCGUAACCGCCAUAACCGCUCUGGGCGACAGCUGGCGGCACACAUGCCAGCAGCAGCAAGGCCGAAGCAGACAAGGCAAAGACGGUCAUAGUGACUGCGGAGGGCUGGCGAAUGGCAGCCAAGCGGGGCGGCAACAAGACGGUGAGUGCAGGGAAGUCGCUGUAGUGGCUGUCUGUGGGUCAGGAAGAGGCUGGGUAAGUGUUUGUUUUCUGUGGUUGAUGCCGGGUGCUGAAGGGGCGAAGUGAUAAGGGCUGCUGUCGAAGUGAGGCGGUGGCUCCUCUGCAUCGCCAUGCUGUCCUUGGGGCUGAUCUUUCGGGCUGAAGGACGCACUGAUAGAUGAGAUGAGAUAAGGGAGAGAUCUCCCAUGCGAACUCCGCACCACCAUCUGCCGUUUUUUCCUCAAAAGUGCUCGUACAGUAGCAGUGUGUGAGAAGCACUGAGGUAGCCAUCUCGUGGAGCCAACAAAG